CGUACAUAGCAAUGUGGAUCUUUAGAUGGAUUUUAUACCUAGCAGUGGCUAUAACUGCUAUAUGUCUAGCUUUACUAGAAAUUACCCAUCCCAAAUACAACGGAAAGGUCAAAAUAUCCUCAAAAUACGGAAAUGUGACUGUCUAUAGAACUGACGAUGGUAUUCCUCAUAUUUAUGGAGAUAAUAAAGAGGCAGCUUACUUCGGAUUAGGCUACAUUCAAGCACAAGAUAGAUUAUGGAGUUUCCAAAAGUUCAGACUCCUUGCUAAAGCACAGCUCUCUGAGUAUUUUGGUGAUGAAGGAUUUCCAAUAGAUUACUUCUUCAAGCAAAUGAAUCUUGAUUAUCUCGCCCAAGUCGCUGUUCGGAAUAUUUCUCAAGAGUUGAAAGAAGAUAUUAGUCUAGUAGCUGAAGGUAUCAAUGAGUACAUAAAAACGCAGCCUCUUCCUAUUGAAUUCUGGAUCUUAGGAGUAGAUUGAGCUCCAUUUACCCUCACUGACAUUCUGGAGAUAGAAAAACUUAUGGAUUUUGCAGUUUCUUACAACCACCAGAUGGAGCUUUCAAGAGAUUUUGUUUUUAAAUCUACCAAUUCCUCUACAGUUGCCAAUAAAUACAUGCCUUUUGAGGAUAAAUAUUUCAGAAAUAAUCAGUACCCAACAUUUGAUGACGAACAGAUCAAGAAAUUAGGCCUUUUCGAGAAGGACGGCCUUAAGAACAGAGUCAAGAACUUCAAGCCUAGACACACCAACUACAAAAUUUCUAAGAAAGAUAUUUAUGAAGAAGUUAAGGAAACCUUGGGAAUGGUUCAUUUUGAUGGUAGUAAUGCAUGGGCGGUCCAUGGGAAUUAUACGGAGAGUGGAAAACCUAUCUUGUCCACUGAUCCACACCUUGCUUCUUCUCUCCCUUGAGCCUGGUUCAUGGGUGAACUUUCUUAUGAAAACGUUACAAGGGUUGGAGCUUUUUCAUUUGGACAGCCAUGGCUCAUGUUCGGUCGAACUGAUCAUAUCUCCACUGCAAUCACGGCGAUUCACAGUGAUGUAAUAGAUCUCUAUGAAGAAAAAGUAACUGGAGAUGGGUUCUACGAGUUUGACGGUGAAUUAAUCCCUAUUAAGCAACAGAAGGAUAUCAUCAAAGUUAGGGAUCCUUUCGCUCCUUCAGGCUACAGAAUUGAGGAAAUCAUCCUAAAUUCCACUCACCAUGGACCUCUGAUAGAUGACCCUCAUGAUGAAAUUUACAAAAUUUUGAAGAGACUUCCAUUUGGAGCAUUUAAGAAAAAUAAUUUAGCUAUUUCUUGGUCUGGAUUCCAAGGUAAAUCAACCUAUUUCGGGAAUAAUAGGUGCCUAAAUCUUGCUAAAGACGUUCCAGAAGGAAUAGAGUGUUUCAGAGAACUUGGCACAUCGAAUUUAAAUAUCUUCAUGGCUGAUAGAAAAGGCAAUAUUGGAAUGAUCCCUUCAGUCAGUUAUCCAAUUAGGAAGCAUCCUUACGCAGGAGCCUAUGUUCAGGAUGGUAGCAAGAGCGAAAAUGACUGGCAAGGAUUCGUACCUUUUGAUGAGCUUCCAAAAGCAAUUAACCCAAAGAGAGGCUAUAUAGCUAAUUCUAACAGUAUGCUUACUACUACGAAUGUGAAGUACGGAGUUGGAGCAACCAUGCCUUCACCUCCAAGAGUUGUGAGAGAAGCACAGUUGAUAGAGGCUCAGAUCAAAUCAGGAAAGAAGUUUACAGCCAAAGAUAUGCUCAAGAUCCAGUUGGAUACUGUUGAUCUAAACGCAAGAGAAAUGCUGGUGAUGCUAAAAGAGGUGAUUGAUGUCAGCUGGCCCAGAAUCAUGGAGCAAUUCAAUAACAGAGAAUUGAAGAUCAUUCUUAGCAAAUUCAGAAAACAUUUAAAUGAUUGGGAUGGAGACUACCACGUUAACAGUACUCAGGCUUCUUUGUUCGCUCUUUGGGAAAUGGAAUACCAUGUCAGUUUAUUACAGGAUCAAAUUCCUCAUAGCGUCAUUAGAGAAACAAUGAUAAAUAUUCCAGAUAGCGAUUUAUACUUAAUGGAAAUACUCGAGCAUCUGAUGAACGAUCCUACUUAUUAUAGUGAGUAUUGCCAGUCUAGCAUCACCAUCUACGAAAAGACUUAUGAAAUCAAAAGUGACAACUGCUUAAUGAGUCUUGCUUACAACGCAGUCAGAGCCUGGAAGAUUUUAGAGAAAACAGUAUCUAAAGACCCUAACGAUUGGAAGUGGGGAUCUCUUCAUAGACACUACUAUGAUCAUUUCCCUUUCUCUAUAAUUCCAGGGUUCAAGCAGAUUUUCCAUAGAGAGGUUGAAGCAGGAGGAUCUAGAAGAACAGUCUCGUUUGCUUGCUAUGAUUAUUACCUGAACAACAUGGAAGAUGAGGUGUUCUUCAAAUCAAUUUUCUCUGCCAACUUCAGAGGAGUUAUUGACAUGGCAUCUUACGAUGAUCCUGAGAAGUAUCCUCUCUACAUGUCCAUAGACACAGGGGCAUCCCAGCAUGCAUUCUCCAAGCACUAUUUUGACAUGAACAAGAUCCAUUAUUCCAAGGAAGGAAGAAUCAUGGAGAUCGGCAAAGAUGUUAUUGCGAAGAAAGCCACGUAUAAAUUUGAAAUUGAAGUUUAG